UUUUCCCCCCACCCCUCCUCCUCCUGUUCUUUCUGCAUCCCUUCGUUACUGUCGGUCUCCCGGUUUUAUAAAGAAACCGGAGAGCCCGAUCGUGAUUUGUGGAAAUACAUUUUGCAUUUUUUCCCCCUGCUGGGUGUUGGUAGCGCGCAGUUGGUGCGCGCUUCUGCAAAUUCCGGUGAAUGGUGGAUUUGGCAAACAUGGAGACCGUGGAGAAGGAAUGCGGGGCCCUCGGGGGUCUAUUCCAGGCGAUUGUCAACGACAUGAAGUGCUCCUAUCCUGUGUGGGAGGACUUCAGCGCCAAGGCCACCAAGCUGCAUUCCCAGCUCCGAACCACUGUCCUGGCUGCUGUGGCCUUCCUCGAUGCCUUUCAGAAGGUGGCUGACAUGGCUACUAACACCAGAGGGGCAACCAGAGAUAUUGGUUCGGCUCUGACCAGGAUGUGCAUGAGACAUCGCAGCAUUGAGGCCAAACUUCGCCAGUUCACCAAUGCUUUGAUGGAGAGUCUGAUCACUCCUCUCCAGGACAAGAUUGAAGACUGGAAGAAGACAGCCAACCAGCUGGAUAAGGAUCAUGCCAAAGAGUACAAGAGGUCACGCCACGAGAUCAAGAAGAAAUCAUCUGACACCAUGAAACUGCAGAAGAAGGCUCGUAAAGGGCGAGGGGACCUGCAGCCCCAGCUUGACAGUGCCAUGCAGGAUGUGACCGACAUGUGCCUGUUGAUGGAGGAGACAGAGAAACAGGCAGUGCGCCGUGCCCUGGUGGAGGAGAGGGGUCGCUUUUGCACCUUCAUUGGCUUCCUUCAGCCUGUUGUGAAUGGAGAAAUCGCCAUGCUGGGCGAGAUCACCCACCUCCAGGCCAUCAUUGAUGACCUCACUGUGCUGACAACCGAUCCUCACAAAUUGCCUCCUGCUAGUGAACAGGUGAUUAAGGAUCUGAAGGGGUCAGAUUACAGCUGGUCCUAUCAGACCCCUCCAUCAUCCCCCAGCAGCUCUGGCUCCCGCAAGAGCAGCAUGUGCAGCAGUGUGAACAGCGCCCACAGUAGUGCCUCCCGUUCAUCAGGGGGAGGUGGUAGUGUUGGUAUUGGUGGCGGUGGUGGAGGCUCCCAGCCUCACUCACCCACCUCCUCCUCCUCCUCCUCCUAUCACUACCGUAGCAGCCUGCCACACCAGCCUCCGCCACCGGGGGGCAUCGCUGCCCACCGCCUCAGCAGCGUCUCAUCCCAUGAUUCAGGCUUUGUGUCCCAGGAUGCUAACAUCUACUCCAAGCCUCCCUCGCCCAUGCCCUCGGACAUCACGAGUCAGAAAUCAUCCAGCUCAGCAUCAUCAGAGGCCUCAGAAACAUGCCAGUCAGUCAGUGAAUGCAGCUCCCCCACCACCGAUUGGUCCAAAGCAGGUCAGUAUGAGCAGCCCGUUGCUGCAGCGGCAGUCCAGAGGAGAAAGGAACCUCUUGACAGGCUGAGAGAGAAUGAAGCGUCGCCAGGCUCCCAAGGCUACGCUGGGACAUCACACCCUGAUGACGGGCAGAGAACCAGGAUGACACCGGCUACUAUCGCUGCCAAGCAUGGAGAGGAGGUCUCUCCAGCAGCCAGUGACCUGGCCAUGGUGCUGACCAGGGGACUGAGUAUGGAGCAGCAGAAAAGCAGCAGAGACUCUCUUCAGUACUCCAGUGGAUAUAGCACAGAGACCACAACCCCAUCCUGCUCUGAGGACACAAUUCCUUCACAAGGUUCAGAUUAUGACUGCUACUCAGUGAACGGGGAUGCUGAAGGUCCAGAUGGACAAACAGAGUUUGACAAGUCCUCCACUAUUCCUCGCCACUCUAACAUUGCCCAAAACUACAGGCGCAUGAUCCAGACCAAGAGGCCAGCCAGCACAGCCGGACUGCCCAGUGGGGUUCUUGGUCCUGGGGCUCAUGGGAUACCGGGACAACCGGGUGGAUCUGGUGGAGGUGGAUCAGGGACUCCAGGCACUGCCACCAUCCGCCGAACCCCAUCUACAAAACCAGGAGUAAGACGCACAUUGUCCAAUGCAGGGCCCAUCCCUAUCCGACCACCCAUUGUGCCUGUCAAGACACCCACAGUUCCCGGAGACUCACACUCUCCUGGGUAUGCAGGUGGAGGACACGCAGGGGGCGUGCCUGUCCGUGUAGGCAGUGAGGAGUGCGUGUUCUUUGCUGGAGUCGAGGAUGCACAGGGAGCGCUUGAUUUUGUGAAGGCAUCACCAAAGCGCCUCAGCCUGCCUAACACCGCCUGGGGAUCAGGGGCCGCUUUAGAGGUCUAUGCCCAGCAGCACGGGGGCCUUGCAAUGGGAGCAGGCUCAGGAGCCGGAUCAGAGGAGGAUCAGAUGAUCGCGGCCAAUCGGCACAGCCUAGUGGAGAAGAUUGGUGAGUUAGUAGCCAGUGCACACGCUCUUGGAGAGGGGCAGUUUCCUUUCCCCGCCCUUCCAGAUGACCCAGCCCCACCACCAACUGGCCCCACUGACUCUCAGACAGGGACAGAGGGCGCAGAGGGGUCUGGUGACAUGCUGACCACCAUCAGGAGAGGAGUCCGCCUCCGCAAGACCGUCUCUAAUGACCGUUCAGCUCCACGCAUAUUGUGAAUGGGGGAGAAGCAGAAAGAGGAUGAUGCUUGUCAGCCAAUAGGGAGUCAGGUGUUGGUGUGGUGCAACCCAACCGCCUAGUACAUACACAAAAACUUAACCAUGUAGGGAAAGCUAUAAUAUAACAGAAGAUGAAUGAAAACAAAAACAUACACAAAAAAGAUGUUUAAAGACACCAUUAGAGUAAAUGAUAUAUAAUAUAAUGAUGAUAAUAAUAACAUUAAUAAUGUUAACCCAUGCUGACAAUUAAAAGUAAUACUGAAUAUUGACAGGCUCCUAGCAGGCCACUAUAACUAGUGUGUGUUGGACGCAUGUUUGUCUUCUAUACACCCUCACCCAGGGAUGGAAAGAUUUGCAGGAAAAACAGAUAAUAUAAAAAAAAAAAAAAGAGGCAAAGAAAUCGAGAAACACUGGGUUCUGUUCUGUUUGCCAACUUACACCCUUCCCUAUCCUCUUCUCCAACUAACCCGACUGUCUGAUCCCAGAUGAAAGACUGAUGACUUAAGGAGGUGCUGGUGGCGGUGGGCGGUGGGGGGGUGGUCAGAGUGCCAUGUGACCAGCUGGAUUUGAACCCAGGCUGUCUCCGCAGCAACACACUGUACUUAUUCGCCCACUGAACUGAAGCUUUGGUAUUAGCACGGGGAGCUAACAAGCCAGAGGGCGUCUCUGGUUCAUCCUAAUGUAAAAGAGUCUUUAAAAAAAGUACUGUUGGCAUUGAACCGUGCUAGUGCCCCCUUCCCCUCUCUCUCUCUCUCUGCAUAGUGUGCGUGUGCAUUCAUGUGUAUGCAUGUGGGCAAAUGUAAAAUGUGAGCGUGUGGGUCCAUGUGAUUGAUUGUGUGUGUAUGUGUGCGAGGGGGGUGGGUAGAGCUCUGCUGCAGGACAGCUGGUUACCCAAUGAGGGCAGGGCUUUUCUGCUGUGUGUUGUGCGUGUAUUUUCUUGUUUAUAUUGUGACGUCAUUUACCUUGUUACCACUGUACGAGAAGUUACGAGACGUAAUCCAGGCGUAUAGAUAUAUUCAUAUAUAUUUUCUAGAACCAGAGAGAAAAUGUAAAAUCAGAAAUGGAGCAAUAAAUGUGUUUUAUUUUCUUGUUUCGAAGAAGCGGAUUGAUGGAGGAUUGUAGGUUCUCCUUUGUCUCAUUCAGGCAAUCAUCAGGAAUGCUAAAUUACACAUCGACUGUGAAUUCAUGCCUAGCCGGUUUCGGCGUGUGUCUCUCUCUGUCCCUGUCUCUUUCUGGUGAAUGGAUUACAAAAAUUUGAGGAAAAAAAAAAAAAAAAAAAGGAAAACUGUAAGCACUUUGAUAGGGGGUAGAGUAUGUACAAUAGCCAGUAGAUGUUGCUGUAGUAAUACGGUAUGAUAGGGAGAGUGAAGGUGAGAGAGACAGCUGCCUGAGACUGUGUCCUGAGGAAAUUAUUUUAUUUGCGAAAGAGGAAGAAGAAGAUGGGGAGGGACAAAGAGGAAGUGAUAAAGGCUGUUAGAACUGUAGUGAGGG